CGCAGCCAAAAAGCUACAAUGGUCCUCAUCAAGGAAUAGGUGGGGAUUGUUCAGACUUGUUUCAGGUCUGGCCUACCGGUGAGUGGGGUGACAGCGAGUCAGCAGAUGCUAGCCGACGCACCUGGAAAGCAAACUACAACAAUAUGGAACAUAGCUAUCCAUUAUCUAGUAUCGACAAGCCGUGUGGUCUUACCCUGUACUGUGGAGGAGUAUCAAGUGGGCCAGUUGUACUCCGUAGCAGAGGCCAGUAAGAAUGAGACUGGUGGAGGAGAGGGCAUCGAGGUCCUUAAGAAUGAACCCUAUGAUAAGGAGGGGGAGAAAGGACAGUACACACAUAAAAUCUACCAUCUGAAGAGUAAAGUCCCAGCGUUUGUCAAGAUGAUUGCUCCUGAGGGCUCCCUGGUUUUCCAUGAAAAGGCCUGGAAUGCUUACCCUUACUGCCGAACCAUUGUAACGAAUGAGUAUAUGAAAGAUGACUUCAUCGUUAAGAUUGAGACCUGGCACAAACCUGACCUUGGCACAGUAGAAAACGUGCACAAGCUGGACGUGCCCACAUGGAAGAGUGUGGAGGUGGUGCCCAUUGACAUCGCAGAUGGAGAACAAGUUGCCCCUGCUGACUACAAGGCAGACGAGGACCCUGCUCUGUUCAAGUCCGCUAAGACUGGUAGAGGACCCCUGGGACCCAACUGGAAGAAGGAGCUGGUUAGUAAGGCUGACUGCCCGAGGAUGUGUGCCUACAAACUGGUCACUGUCAAGUUCAAGUGGUGGGGCCUGCAGAACAAGGUGGAGAGCUUUAUUCACAAGCAAGAGAAGCGUAUCUUCACUAACUUCCAUCGCCAGCUGUUCUGUUGGAUCGACAAGUGGGUGGAGCUGACUAUGGAGGACAUCAGGCGGAUGGAGGCGGAGACACAGAAGGAGCUGGAGGAGAUGCGUAGGAAGGGCUCUGUUCGAGGCACGAAGGCUUCAGACGAGUAGCUGCCCCAGGUGUAGGUCUGAGGAAGGCUGUCUUCGCAAACAAGGUCAAGUACGGGGAACCAGUGCUGCCGAUGCCGAAUGAGAUGGAGGGUUUUAAACAGCGAUGAAGAAUGAAGAUGAAGAAUUUCGACGUGUGCUCCCUGCGUGCCACCUUUUACCUUGCUGAUUCAGGAUGUGGAGGACGAGGGCUCUGCUCCAAUCGAUCAAUAGACCAGCACCCUGACCUACCGGCACCCAAUCAUAGACAUUCUAUCCACAGAAUAAUUGAUUUGUAGAAAGUGACACGAUCCUAGCUGAUAAGGCUCCAGUUAAUUUUGAUGAUUUCAAGCAGCAAUGACCUCUGUAUAGCCAGCUACCACGACCAUGUUGUUGAUAGACUAGUCCCUCUAUCUUCUCUUGAUAGAUGCUUAGAGGGCUGCUUGGUUGUUGAUCGAGAUUAAUAUUUUCAAAGCAUUUAAUUGGCAUGAUUCCAUUAUUGCAGGUGUUGGACCUGUAUUUUGUUAUUCCAGUCGAGGAGGAUCGUUCCUCUGUGGUCUGUUGCCUUGACCUUUUUUGUUUUCCUUUGUAUUCAUCAAUAUUUUCUCCAGAUCAUUCCUUUUAAGACAAUGUCCUCCCUGUCCUCUUCUAGCUGUUCAUAACUCUGUGGUUUUCGAUUAGCUGGUGAGAGAGAGCCUGUCAGUGUGUUCUCCAUAUACAUGUCCCUUCCUGCCAUGGCGUUCAUUAAGAGAUUACUGACACCCUUGGCACCUGUGCCCAUCCUAAUCUCUCACCCUCCCUCUGCAUCUUAUUAACACUCUGACAAUCUUGUCCACACAGGUAUUUCACUCUCACUCCCAUGCAAAUUAACACACACACACACUAAUACACACAAGCACAAACACGCACAUGUAGACACGCGCCCGCGCGCGCACACAGGUGUGAAUGACUUUGCGGUGGCUGAUCUCUUCCAAGCUCAAGCUGGGCAGAUCCAUGCAGGAUCCUUCAACUGAAGGGAAGUGGCUGUUGGAGUGUUUGGAGCUGUCACUGUUUUUCCACACUCUCCAUCCUCCACACGCUCACACUCACUCAAUCCGCUCCUCCCCAUCGGAUGUCCCCAGAGCGAAACCGCACUGGAAAACAGUCACAGAUGGUGCUACACCCCUCCAGUCUCUGUCACACACUGCUCACCCCACCCUGCACUCCACCACCUAAGUAGCCUGACUGUCUGCCUGUUUUAUUCCUGUGGAUCUCUGGGACCGUGUUCUGCUGCUGGUCGUAUCCUGCUGAGCAGGGGCAGCAGGUCAACAGACACCAAGCACCACCCCAGCCUACACCAGGCCUCACCUGACUGGGCCUGUUUAGUCGCAGCUGCCUCCCUACCUACUCACUCAGCACUACACUGCCUUACUGUACCCAUACAGUACCUCCACUCUGUCAGCUACCCCUCUACCUCUUCCCCAGACGGGGGUCUGCUUCUGGAAGCUAACUAGCACCACCAUGCCUUCUGGCUCCACACAGGCACCAGUUAGGAACCACUCAGUAGUCUUUUAGGAUUUACUUCUGGGACACUAAUCAACAGGGGGUAGACCAGGGAUGAGCAACUACAGUCCUCGGGGGCCUGAUUUGGUGUCUCACUUUUGCCCCAGCACCAGCUAACACACCUGACUCCAAUAAACAACUAAUCAUGAUCUUCAGUUUAGAAUGCAAUUUGUUUAAUCAGCCGAGUUUGCUAGGGGUGGGGGAAAAGUGACACCACUCCGGCCCCCAAGGACUGGAGUUGCCCAUCCCUGGGGUAGAUGAAGGGCUUGAGGUUUGCAAUGACUUGAAGAUCUGUUUAAACUGAACCACAAUGUUCUCAAGGUCCUAAUGCAUGUUUGUUCUAUUGAGCUGUGGUGUGGUGAUUAUUCCCUGCAGUGAUACUGUACUGAUGUAGACAACAGCACUCCCCAGCAGCAAGCUGGUCGGACAGUGCCGUGCUGGAGCCUGAAUGCGGCUCUGUGUGUUUAAGCACAUAAGUGCCUUCAUGUUAGUGUGUGUAUGUCUGCGUGCUUGUGGGACAAUAAAGAAUGCAUGUGUAUCUUACCUUGUCAAUCAACCUCAGCCUUUCUGCCUAUUUUUAUAAACAGACAUGCUUGCAGCUGAGACAGAUGGAAUAUUUUUUUAUGACGAGCUUAGCCUUGAUGGUAUAUUUGUAUUGUUUAAGCCUCACAGGGUGAUGUGAGAACCUUCUUAGUGAUGAUUUUAGUGCUCACCCAAAGAGUAUGAAUGGCUCUGCGUGAUAUCAUUCGUUUACAUGUUUGUUUACUAUCCACACCCUUCCCAAGGGCAAUUCAGCAAUACUGACUCGCCAGCAGAUAGAUGGUCAACUUAGAUGGCCAACUGAACUCUCCUGAACCCCAUAACUGGGUAGAGAUAUCAUGAGUACCCAUGUCAGUUUCAGUUAUGUGAGUGACUGACAGGACAUUGAAAGUCAAGGCCAUAAUGGGACUGAUGAAGUCCACAUUUCCCAUCAAUGACUGUAUAUGCAGUCAAAGAAACUGUAAGAGGAGUGUUGAAUAUGACCAAUGUCUUAAGGUCUGCGUCUACAGCCUCUGCCUUAUAUUGAAUAAAAAACGUAUGAAAACUCCAGAAUGCAACCCAGUUCUUGUCUCAUAGAACAAUGGUUCACUAUCUGCGCUGUUGAGAAAAUGAUGUGGGAAAGGACAGGGGAGGUAGUCUUUACAAGAAAAAUUGUACAGUGUGGUCAUGAUUUAUGAAAUCUACUGUUAAAUCUCUAGAAGGAAAAAAAAGCUUUUAAAUGUUUCUGAUCAUCUGAAAUUCAGGGGACAUGGUAGUGAAUGUAUUUCAUUUUGUUUUGCCUUUUCCGUUUGUAGAGUUUUGUGCCGCGGAAAGUCUACAUAAUGCAUCUAAAUACCUGAAUAAAUGUCAACAAAAAAUG